AUGAGUGGUACCAACACUCAUGAUGAAAUGACCGAAGCUCAUGAAAUAUAUAGAGGAACAUGUAAUGGUUCACGCUUUGGUUUAAUUGGUUGUUGGGAGAUGUUGAGAGAGUUAGACAAAUGGAAGCCAAUAGACCUGGAUUUACCUUCUAGUGAUGGUGGCAAUUUGAAAAGAUCAGAGCCAGAUACUCCAACUGAUGAAGGUCCAAAAACUCAUACUCGUCGCCGUCGUCCUGACGGGGUGAAAGCAUCCAAAAGAAAAGGUAAAUCUGUUUUCAAUUCUGGAAUUCAAAUUGGGGGUAGUUCUGAAAUUAAAAAUUUAGAGUCGUUUACUCAAGCCCUAUCAGAGAUGAAUGUAAUGAAAGGUCAACACAAAGAUGUUGAUGAAAGGCGAAUUGAUGUAGCAGAACGUAUGCUAGAGUAUCAGAAGGAGCGAGAUGCCAUCAAAGCUCGGAAGAAACAAGAAGAAAAAAGGUUCAAGCUAUUUAGUGUCCUCCUUGCAAAACCAAUUCUAUCUGAAGAAGAAAAAGAAAUAUAUCUAAAAUUAAAGCAAGAAUUUGCACAUCUUCUAGGCUAG